UUUCCAGCGCAGUUAAAAAUUAAGAAGAACCACAGCGAAAAUGAAUGAGAGGAGUGGAUACUCCAUACACACAAUAUGUCGCAUCUGCUUGAACCACUUGCAAAACGAUCCGGCCUACGACCUGUUCCUGGUACCUGGUCUGGCCAAGAAAUUGUGUGUGUGCACUUCACUCUCCGUGGAGCAGCACGAUGGCUUCCCAAUGCAUCUGUGCACCAAUUGCUACACUCGGCUGAGCGACUUACACGACUUCCAGAAGCUGUGCGUGGACUCUGUGCAGAGGUUCCAGGAAAUGGUCGCCAACAAUUUCGACAUAGCAACAACAGCUGCACAGACUAACCAACAAAUCGACAACUUUGACAUGCUGCAUGUGGGGACGACACAGGAUGCUGACUUGAAUGUCGAGGAGGAGGAUCGUAUUAACUAUGAUCCGCUCCUCAAUCACAAAAUGGAGAUUAUCGAAAACGAGGAGGAUGUAUUUAAAAUGCUGGAGCAUGUCGACAAAGAGGCCGAGGAGGCGGAGAACGAAGUCAAACAGGACGUGGAAGACCAGUCAGCCAUUAUCCAAAUGUUCGGCGACGAUUCCUCAAUCGAGAGCAGUAACGACAACGAUGACACGGUCUUUGAGCCCAACAGCAGUGAUGGCGACGACGAUAUGCCUCUGGCGCAGCGUCUACGCGGCAAUCCAAAAACAGCAGGUAGCAGUAGAUCGAGUGGCAGGAAAGUGUCAGCGAAUGCUGAACUUGAGGAGGAGUUUAGUUCAGCAUCGGGCGAAGAUGGGCCCAAGUCAAGGAUAAAACGCAAGCGUAUUCCGGCUGCUGAGCGGCACUUGCAUCGCAUCAUCGACUGCCACAUCUGCCAUCAGAAGUUCAAGAAGGCAAUUCGUUACGAGGAGCACAUGAAGCACCACAACGAUCUGUUGCCCUUCCAGUGCAAAGUGGAGUCCUGUCGCAAAGGCUUCACAACGGCCGGUGGACUCCGAUUGCAUGUGGAUCACGCGCAUACGGAACUGUCCGAGGUGCAUUCGUGCAGUGUGGACGGAUGCGGCAAGACAUUUCCUCGCAUUCGCCUGCUCACUUUCCACAUGAAGAAGGUGCACAACAUCUCCAAGGCGGCGGCGCCGCCAAGGGACUAUCCGUGCACGGAGUGCGAGAAGGUGUUCCGCUGUCCCAUGGCGCUGAAGAAGCACAUGUACAAGCACGAUGGCAAGGAGCUACCAUUCCCGUGCAACAUAUGCGGCAAACGAUUCGUGAUCAACAGUGCUCUCAAGGAUCAUCUGAUGCGGCAUGCGGGCAUCAAGAACUAUGUGUGCCCGUAUUGUGGUGUGGGCAAAACGACGCGGCAGGAGUGGAACACACACAUCCUGACGCACACCCAGGAGAAGAAGUUCAAGUGCCACAUAUGCGAGCAUGCCUCGCACAACAAACAGAGUCUGGCCAAUCACAUCAAGAUUGUGCACGAGAAGAUCAAGAACUAUGCGUGCCAAUACUGUGGCAAGACCUUUGGCAAAUCACACGCUUGCAAGAUCCAUGAAAUGACGCACACAGGAGAGAAGCGGUGCGAGUGCAAGGUCUGUGGCAAGAAAUUCCUCUAUCCAAAGAGCCUCACGAAGCAUUUAAAGACGCAUGAGAAGCGUGUCUUGCGCGCCAUUGAAACGUAUCGUCAGCGCCAGGUGGAGCUUGGCGAGGGGGCGACGGCCAGUGGUGAGCCAGUGGCAGACUUUGUGGCAGAAACUGCGGUCGUUGGCGCACCCACGGUCUCUGUGGCUGAUGGUGUUGACGUCAUCAUAUCCCAAAAUGCAGCCGAUGAGCUGCUGAAAGUGUGCGCCGAGUCGGUGGCAACCAUACCCAGAGAUCCGCGUCGUGUGCAGCGUGUGGACAUCGCUCAGCUGGCUGGCACCUCUGUCAAUCCGAUACCAUCAGUGUCUGUGCCCUCGUGGUCUCCGCAGGAGAACUUCACGAAGAAGGAGGGCAAGCACAUCUGUCCCGGCUGCGGGCAGGGCUUUAAUAACAUUGGCAACAUGAAGCGCCACUACAAGAUCAUCCACGAGAAAGUCAAGGAUUUCGCGUGCCGUUUCUGUCCCAAGCGAUUUGCAAAGGCGCAAACGCUGCGCCAUCACGAAUGGAUACACACGGGCGAGAAGCCUUUCGAGUGUAAGACAUGUGGCACUCAUUUCCGCCAGGAGACGGCGCUGAAGCGUCAUCAGCGAACGCACGAGAAUCGCCCACCCGUCAUAUCGUCCAAGUUCUAUGCGGCACGCGAGGAACUCGAGGAACAGGAGCGCACAAAACGCGAAGCGAGACGCAAGGCCGAGGCGAAACGCAAGGAAAUUGCGGAGGCAGCCAAGGAGCAGCUCUCAUCGCUGCACAAGAUCGAGGCAACGGACAAGAACCUGCACUCGUACGAUGAGUACCAGGAAGCUGCCGCUGAGCGUGCAGCGGCCUCAGCUGAAUUGCAGGCUCAGCAGUUCGAGGAGAACGAGGUGAAGCGCCGGGCGGACACGGAACGGCGCAAAAUCCAGGAGGCCGCCUACGAGCAGCUGCAGAAGCUGCAACAGCAGCAGGAGAUCGAGAAGGCGCAAAGCUCCUACGAUGGCUACUAUGCCCAAAAGGCAAACGCCGAGGGAGCCAACCUCGACGACCUCAAGAUCGAUCAUGUGUGAGGGGAAGCAGAAUCAUAUGGAUCAAUUGCUUGAUACGAUUUUGAAAAUCGAAUCAAAAAUUUUAGUUUUACAUUGGGCAAGAAAUGAUUAAAGUAUGUAACGUUUUCAAAAAGCAAUAUAUUAGAAUUCCUAGUCUUAAGCAGACUUCGAUUGAAGUAUAUUAUAAUUUUCUAAUAUAGAUAUUGAGUAUGUACGUUAUUCAAAGUAGCUUCUAGUUUUAUGGCCUAUUCUUAUUGAUUUCUUUUAAGUUUUGCCUAUAAAUCUUUAAGGCUAGCCAGUGAAUUACGUUCUAUGUCUCAGAUAAUUUUGACUGUAUAUUAAGGCCGAUUUGAUAAGCUUCAUUAUAUUCUGCUCGAUUGUGCCAUUUACAAAUUUAACGCUGCACUCUUGUAAGUCUUAAUGUGAUAAAGAUAACAG